CCUGCUCCAAUGCAAAUUCUUCCGCGGAAACCCAGACCAGGUCGCCGGCGCGGAUGGGACAUGGUACUCGAUGCCUGUUGGCCUGCUGCUGCAUGCGGACUUGAGCCUUCUGCAUAUUUGCUCGGGCUUGAGCCAGCAAUUCCCUGUACUUCCUGACGGAAGCGGGAGAGCAAGCCGCAUCAAUGUCGGCUGGUCGUGGGAGGAGAAGAUCGGCGAAGAUACGGCCUUUCCGUCCACCGUGGUGCAACUCGAAAGGAGUUACGCCAAUCGCCGGGUGCAUGCAUGACUGCGCACAUGAUAAGAGGGCAAAGCAUGUAGAGGAUGUGAAGGAGAAGCUCCACCGUAUCUGGAAGCUCAUCAGAGGCUCCAACUACACCGUGGGUCAGCAGGAGGAAUGUCGAAGCACCGGAUCCCUCAAGUUUAGCCUAUUUUGCCCAAAAAUCAGUUUGCUGCUGUCCUCGUUGUGUGAACCAGAAUGGGAAGGGGAGUUCACAGCGGUGCAGAUCAAGGUAUCUUUUCAGGUGAGAUGGGCCCAACAGAACCAACCCCCAAGUUCCGCCAGCCCCCCACCGCUCUGCCAGGAAAGGAAGCAGAGCGAUGGCGCUUUGCCACGGAUAGAAGACAUAAACAUGGGGGUGUUGACGGAGGAGGAGAAGGAAAUGGAGCAUCAAAAGAGGGUUAUGCAGGAAGGCAAGGGUGCCUGCUCCGCCCAGGAGCAAAUGAAACCCGUGCCGCAGCUUACCUGGGCAGACAAGCUCAGGAAUCCCCUCCAAGGCCAGGCCCUGACCAUUCAGCGUGGUCAGGGCAGCCCGGGGACCGGGAAGCUUGAGAUUCCCCUAGAUGGGCUACCGCAGGCACGUGCAUUCUUCAUGACCAAAUUUCUGCUCCCAUCUGAAACAAGGGUUGUAACCCAAGGGGGCAAGCAAGUCAUGGUGAAAGCCUACCCCAACCACGGAGUUGAAAGCAGGGACGAGAUCUAUACAAAGCACGCCAGCAAUUGGGUGUUUCACGAUGAUGCGGCCUUCAAGUCUGUAAACGAUAAAGCCAGAUGGAUUGGUCGCCGGCUUGAAAUCUUGAAAAACAGUGCUGAUCUGGCCCGCGAUCACUUUCUGGUACAGCCAGUGACAAAUAACGUAUUCACCGUCUUAGCCCUGCAUGAAGCGGACAAGAAAGAGAUGGAUGGAUGGAAGAGGCUUCGCUGUGAACGAUCGAAGGUAACGAUCCACCCGUGGGUACCGCAGCGUAGGCUGGGACCGGAGGAGAAGAGGGCGCAACUGAUGCGGGAUUUCCACUGGGUUGAAUUCCGUCAAAUCCCGGUCGAAAUCCAGGCGGCCUUUGUAUACGAUUUCGGCUUGCUUUAUGAUAUCGUUGCCUUCAUUGACCCCCUUCCCUCUUACGUGGCUAAGAGGGACGAUUAUCUGAUGCUGGCUCUGGACUUCCCCCCGGGCCAGCCCUUCUCCCUAGACGAUAUUGAACAAGGGGGGGGAAACGGGGAGACGCGACGGGGGUCGGGCGAAGAAGUGGGGAGGCACGAUGUUGUGUCAAUGGAGAUCGAGACUACGCACGACAGUCCCACUGCGUUGCAGGGUUCGGGGGGUGGGGAAAUGGAGGUGGUAGCGGGGUGGAAAGGACCAAGGGAGGAGGUUCAGAUGCAGGAAGGGGGGCUGCAGGAGGACCAGAUGGUGGAAGUGGACCCCUUCCAACCUGCUUUUGACCCGGAACCAGUGGAAGUUGACCCGCUCCCGACAAAUGUCGGUGCAGUGCUAGAAGGGUUACCAUGUGAGGAGGGAGAGAAGGAGGGGAUCCCGCCGCAGCAUUUGCCUGUAGAGCAGAAACUGGUUGAUAUUGCGGACUGGCUGUUGACUAACCUCAAAGCGAAAUACGGCCCUCUCACAGACGACUUCUGGGACAGAACGUAUUUGGAAUUGUUUCCCAUGUUGGACAUGAGCGCUGCGCUUAAAGGCGUCCUGGAAAAUGGGCUGCAAUGUGGUCUUAAGUGGACGGAGGUGUGGCACAGAGUGGCCUCCAUCGUAUUAGCAAGGUUUCAGCCGCCCCCUGCAUCACACCCAGCAGCAGCGGAAGAGAUAAAGGUAAGCAAUCAGACCGAGGGGUCGAUCCUUCAGUCACCAGUCUUGCCACCGGGCCCGGCCCCCUCGGACCUAGACGAGGACGCACCGCUGGACCUCGUGAGAAGAAGGAAAUUAAGGCAUUUGAUAGAGAUGGGCCAAGACACGGGGCCACUGUCACAAGAGGCGACGCUGCUACUCCCAGUUCGGAAGAAAAACAGGAAAUGGGAGGUUGGCCUGACACCGGUUGAUCAUGGCAAAAUGAAAGGAGUUACACUGCAAGGGUGGUCCUCCUUCUGGGCGGGACACUGCAGAUCUGAGGCAGCAGCUGGCAUCUUUCAAAUGCAGCUGGAAACGCACAUUGCAGAGUUUAUGCCCCCUGGAGCACAGGCCACUGCCCCCCUGGUAAUAGAACCUAAUAGAGCCUCUCAAAGAGACACCCUCAUCCGUUACGACCCGGACAAGGAUGCAGGCCUGAGAUGGUUUACCCCCCCAGAGCUGCUUGACAUGCAAACAGUUAAGACCAAGGCCAGCGAGGUGAUAGUGGAUGCAUUUGGAGGAAGGGUAGAGGAGCAUGAGGCAGUGGGAGGUGUUUGCGAUGCCUGGGAAUCGUCCGGUGGAGGGGGCGUCGCCGGAGAGGGGGAAGGCAAACGAAUUGUCGAUGUCAGAUGGGCCAUCGGUGCGACGAAGGAUGUCACUGGUGGCGGAGACAAUAUGGCCGAGGUAUUCGGCGCUCGAAGCGGCAAACGUACAUUUGCUGAUCUUGGCGUAGAAUUUUUGCUCUCGGAGGAUCGUGAGGACUUGGCGGAGGUGCUGAAGGUGGGACUCGAGGGUGGGGCUGAAGACAAGGAUGUCAUCAAGGUAGACAACGACACAGACUUCGAGGAGGUUGAGGAAGAUGUGGUUCAUGGUGGAUUGGAAGGUAGCGGGGGCAUUGGUGAGUCCGAAUGGCAUCACGAGGAACUCGUAGUGCGCGAACCGAGAGUGGAAGGCGGUCUUGUGAGUGUCCUCCUCGCGGAUACAGAUCUGGUGGAAGCCACUACGAAGGUCGAUCUUGGUAAAGUACUUGGCUCCACGGAGACGAUCAAGGAGCUCGGAAAUCCGAGGUAGGGGGUACUUGUUCUUGAUC